AUGUUCUUCAAGUGGAUAUGGAUUGGGACAAUGUUGCUGAUACUUACGAGUAUACAGUCCAAGGAGCUUCCAGCUGAAGAAAAGGAUACUAAAGAAGCAGAUACGAACAUGGAUACUAAAAUGGACAAUAAUGGCAUCGCCACUACCGAGGAGGAAGUCAUUGACUUGCCCAUGGAAUUGAAUUCGGCGAAUAUAUCGAAGUUGUAUUGGGGCUUCAGUGACAUCUUUGGCAACAAGCACAAGGAGACCCCUCUAUUUUCUGGGCCUUACAAUGAUGUACCAGCAAUUGGAGGUGACACUGCCUAUGGCAGCUUUGAUCGUCAUCCCUGCCGCAGGGUUUGUCAACAGGGUAAAAGUCAAUCCUGUUAUUAUCGCAUCAUAGUGCACUACUAUCAGACAUUGGGUCCCGAAUGCCAGAAUUGCCUGUACGAUCCUAGUACUUGUGAAUCGGAGAAUUGUAUAUAUGGUGAUGGAGUGCCAAAUGAGGUGAUAGCAGUGAAUCGCCAGUGGCCAGCUCCCUCAAUAGAGGUGUGUGAGGGAGAUACCAUAGUGGCGGAUGUGAUCAACUAUCUGAGGGAGGACACCACCACACAUUGGCAUGGUUUGCAUAUGUCUCAGACGCCCGAUAUGGAUGGAGUGCCUUUUGUCACCCAAUACCCGAUUUCUCCAGGAGAGGUUCAACGUUACACUUUUCCUGUGGAUCGCAGUGGCUCGGUGUGGUAUCAUAGUCACAUGGGAUGGCAGCGAGCUCUGGGUGCAGCAGGAGCUUUGAUCAUACGCCAGACCAAGGAGAACAAUCGCCAUGCCAAUUUGUAUGACUACGAUUUGGUGGAGCACACCAUGAUAAUACAGGACACCGUCUAUAGUGGAGACUUUACACGUCCCCGUAAUCUGGUGAUAAAUGGUAAAGGCCGUAAUCAUUUGAACUCCUGGCCCGACAAUGACUCCAGGCAUCGCUAUGAACGCAUUAAUGUCUCGCCGGGAAUGCGUUAUCGCAUGCGUGUCAUCAGCAAUGGGGUCUUCAAUUGUCCAGUGGAAUUUUCCAUAGAAAAUCACAAAAUGCUGAUGAUAGCCUCGGAUGGCAAUGACUUGAAACCUGUCUAUGGGGAUAAAUUUUUCCUUACCUCAGCCGAGAGAUUUGAUUUUAUCUUACACGCCAAUCAGUACACAGGCAACUAUUGGAUACGUGUCAAGGGCUAUAAUGAUUGCGAAAAUUUGAAUCUAUACCAGGGUGCCAUACUACAUUAUCGUGGUGCCUCACGGCGGCGUUUGCCAGCUCAGCAGAUAACCGAGCUGAGUAAUGAAAUAAAAUCAACAACCUCAGAGGCUCCAGUGGGUAUCAAUACUUUGACGGAAGUUUCAAAUCUAGCUACCAGAGAUGAACGCAAUGAUGUGCCCACCCUGGGCCUGCAAUCACUCACGCCUUUGGAGUGGCCUGCCUAUACCAAAUUCAUCACCUACUACAUGAGCUUUGGUCAGUUGGUGUUGGACGGUGAAGAGUAUUUGCAAGUGGACGAGAUCACUUUUGCCUUUCCCUCGGUGUCCUUGCUGCAGGGUCGCCAUCUUUUCAAUGAUGACAAUUAUUUCUGUAACCGUACUGGCUUCCAGGCUGCUGGUAUAAAUUGUCGCCGCACCAAUUGCGAGUGCACCAAUGUUGUGCGAAUGCCUGCUUAUAAGCCCAUCGAAUUGGUGGUGGCAAAUUAUAUGAACUCAACGCAUCCCUUUCAUGCUCAUGGUUUCACCUUUCGUCUGGUGGGUCAAGACGUUUUGGGCAACAUCAAUGAUGUGAGAAAUUGCCGGUGUCUGUUAGCCAAUCAGUACACAGGCAACUAUUGGAUACGUGUCAAGGGCUAUAAUGAUUGCGAAAAUUUGAAUCUAUACCAGGGUGCCAUACUACAUUAUCGUGGUGCCUCACGGCGGCGUUUGCCAGCUCAGCAGAUAACCGAGCUGAGUAAUGAAAUAAAAUCAACAACCUCAGAGGCUCCAGUGGGUAUCAAUACUUUGACGGAAGUUUCAAAUCUAGCUACCAGAGAUGAACGCAAUGAUGUGCCCACCCUGGGCCUGCAAUCACUCACGCCUUUGGAGUGGCCUGCCUAUACCAAAUUCAUCACCUACUACAUGAGCUUUGGUCAGUUGGUGUUGGACGGUGAAGAGUAUUUGCAAGUGGACGAGAUCACUUUUGCCUUUCCCUCGGUGUCCUUGCUGCAGGGUCGCCAUCUUUUCAAUGAUGACAAUUAUUUCUGUAACCGUACUGGCUUCCAGGCUGCUGGUAUAAAUUGUCGCCGCACCAAUUGCGAGUGCACCAAUGUUGUGCGAAUGCCUGCUUAUAAGCCCAUCGAAUUGGUGGUGGCAAAUUAUAUGAACUCAACGCAUCCCUUUCAUGCUCAUGGUUUCACCUUUCGUCUGGUGGGUCAAGACGUUUUGGGCAACAUCAAUGAUGUGAGAAAUAUUCGAGAGCUCGAUCUCCGUGGAUAUCUCAAACGUACUCCCGAUAAUUUUCCGGCUGUGGAAAAGGAUACCAUACAAGUUCCACCUUUGGGCUAUAUAAUUAUUCGUUUUAUUAGUGAUAAUCCCGGAUUUUGGGCAAUGCAUUGUCACAUCGAACGUCAUUCAUUGUUGGGAAUGACGGCUGUUUUGAAAAUUGGUGAAAAUUAUCAGAUGAAGAAGAUAACACCUAAACUCAACUGUUAAUUAUACUACAGAGUCGUUAAGUUUUUACAUUUCAAAUGGUUAUAGUUAAAUUUAGAUCAAGUAUUUAUUAAAUUAUUUAUUUUGACAAUAGCCGUAGCAGAUUGACAUUAAAAUCAUCAAAGAGAUUUUGAUUGGAUUACAGGUUUCCAA